UGGAGUCUCCAGCCGGCCGAACCCCACACACGUCACGUGCCUUUGCUGAUUUGGCGAAUACGACACUUUCGUCUUCGCUGUUGGAUUCACGCUCGAUCUGUUCAUCAGAUUCAAAUAGCUUUUUCUACUAUUAUUCGAUUCAGAUCUUACCUUUACACUUGCAUUGUUGAUUUUUGUUGAACUAGUUACGAUUCAGUUAACAUGUCGAAGGCUGGAGCAUUCGAUCUCGCAUCUGGACUCGGAGGCAAAAUCGAGAAGGAUGAUGUUCUUUCUGCCGUUGAUAAGUAUGAGAAAUAUCAUUCUGAUUUUGGAGGUGCAGAGGAAGACAGAAAGGCUAACUACACCGAUAUGGUUAACAAAUAUUAUGAUCUCGUCACAAGCUUCUAUGAGUAUGGUUGGGGAGAAUCAUUCCAUUUUGCUCCAAGAUGGAAAGGGGAAUCACUUCGUGAGAGCAUUAAGCGACAUGAACAUUUUCUUGCAUUACAGCUAGGCUUGAAGCCUGGACAUAAGGUGUUGGAUGUAGGAUGUGGAAUUGGUGGGCCACUGAGGGAGAUUUCUCGAUUUAGCUCCACAUCUGUAAUGGGCAUAAACAAUAACGAAUAUCAGAUUACAAGAGGAAAGGCACUCAACCGAGUUGCAGGGGUUGACCGGACCUGUGACUUUACAAAGGCUGAUUUCAUGAAGAUGCCAUUUUCUGAUAACAGUUUUGAUGCAGUGUAUGCAAUUGAGGCUACGUGCCACGCUCCAGAUGCGGUUGGAUGCUACAAAGAGAUAUACAGAGUAUUGAAGCCUGGUCAAUCAUUUGCUGCAUAUGAGUGGUGCAUGACUGAUGCGUUUGACCCCAAUAACCAAGAGCACCAAAAAAUCAAGGCAGAAAUUGAGAUUGGUGAUGGCCUACCAGACAUAAGAUCGACUAGGCAAUGUCUCGCAGCUCUAAAAGAAGCAGGCUUUGAGGUUAUAUGGGAAAAUGAUCUUGCAAAAGAUUCACCACUUCCAUGGUACUUGCCUUUGGAUACAAGUCAUUUCUCUCUUAGCAGUUUCCGUCUCACAGCUGUCGGACGCUUUAUUACUAAAAAUAUGGUUAUGGGUCUAGAAUAUGUGGGACUUGCCCCUAAAGGAAGCCAAAGGGUUCAAUCCUUCUUAGAGAAAGCUGCAGAAGGGCUUGUUGCUGGUGGAAAGAAAGAGAUAUUCACACCAAUGUAUUUCUUCUUGGCGUGGAAGCCGCUAUAAGAAAGGAGAGGUGUGGUUGGUUCGGUUGCUGGUAGAAGUUGUGGUGGAAGGAUGGUUGUUAUUGACAGUUAUAGGUGGUUGACUUUUUUCGUAAAUUUGUUGUUUGACUGUUGAUCUUUGCAAUUAUGUAGAAACGAGUAAUUUUUCUUGGUCUUUAAUUUCUUGAGUAAUUUUUCUUGGUCUUUAAUUUAUUGUUCGACUUUUAUUUA